AUUAGCCAACGACAAGGAGAAUGCCAUAUUUCAGGCGACUACAUCAUAGAUAAAAUCGUCAUAGAUAGUCAUUUUGCUACGGUUACUGUUUGCCGAAAACCUCCUGAUGCCCCCGAGUUAACAGCGCAUCAUCAUUUGCCCUUCGAAGCCAUUUGGGCACCUUCGCGAUAGCCGCGGUACGUCCCAAGGGCUUGAUAGACAGCCGCUUCCCAACUAUUACUGGCGUCAGCGUCUCUGGCGACCGCUCAACUUCUUCGCAUCAAUCUAAACUGCGGUAGUGUGCCAGUAUGAACUCGUUUCCCGAUAGUGAUACGAGGCGACCUGUGACCGAGCUGGUCUUCUCAUGGCUAAUGUUCCAAUGCUGUCGAUCGAUGUCGAAAACCAAAUCGAUCAGCAAUUUUCUCCCCAUAGUCCCCAUUGAGUAAUCACCCAUGGAUGUGUACGCUGCAUCGGUCGUACCUCAUAGAUCUUGUUGUCAACUUUCAGAUUCUCACGGCAUAUCCUAAAAUAACAUCGUUUUGUCCGCAAUGAUUGGCUGCACAAUUUCGACCACUUGCACCAAUCAUUGCGUGUCGAUCACGAGGCGACGGAGGAGCACAGCCUCACCUGCACUAAGCAACCAAAUCGGAUACGCUUAUUCUCUCCCACUUCACAUUCCAAAUCGAUUGACUCAACGACGGAGGCUAUGCUAUGUCCGGACUAGAAAUCCUCGGUAUUGCUGCCAGCAUUCUCCAGGUCGUAGAACUUGGCACCCAUCUCUCAAUUAAGCUCUAUACAUUCUGCCGCAGGCUCAAAGAGACAGACCAACGCAUCCAGAGCCUAUCCAGUGAUGUUGCCUUGACGUGUAAUGUUCUACGACAAUUAGGCGACAGCCUCCAACAGGAUGAGGAUGCUAAACUCUAUUCUAUGGAGGCAUUUGCGACAGCCCAACAAGUACUGGGAGAGUGUAGAAAGGUGUUCCAACGAAUCAGCGAUGCGGUGGAUUAUCCCGACCAAAAAGCCACAAAAGGCCUUCUCCAGAAGGCGGCAAGAAAGGUCGGGUUCUUGUGUAUCGAGGAAGACCUAGAGGUUCUCAGAGUCAACUUGGAGCGCCUGAAGUCAACCAUGCUUCUGAUGCUGAAUGUAAUCAUGUAUGCUGGACAGCUGCGUAGUCGAGCAGAAUCGAGCGUCCUCGAGGAGCAGCGAGAGCUGAUUCGCACACUUCUCGAAGAGAAGAAAACGAACGAAACUCAAUUUAAACGUUUGACGAAUGCCUUGGAGGCUGCCAGAAUUACGGACAGCCGGCCAAAUAAAUUUCAGGCAGUGACCUGUCUUACCACGACAUUUGCCUACAAUGAUGUUCCAGUUGCGAACGACUUACUUUCGUCGGAGCUGCGAGAAUACUAUGCCUUGAUGAAGAAAGUCCUGUCCGAGAUUGACGCAUAUCAGUCUAGACUGGAAUAUGAUCAAUAUCGCCGAAUGAGAGAUGACAUUUUACAAAGUUGUUACUCGGAAAUUGGCUACUGCGAAGCUCGUCACGGUCAGCGAGCGGGACAGUGGUUCCGGGAACAAUAUUCUACACUCUGCAAGGAGUUUGUGGCAUGUACCUCUUCCAAACUCGAUCAGGAGGUAAAAAUAAGCCGGCGUACGAAUAUGGAUUACGUUGCUCCGGCUUUGGAAAGUGGCAAUCGACGGGCCUCUUCUGGCGGAGUCACUUACGACGAUUGGAGGAGCUCACGGUUCGAAUCGUUCACGUUUGGAACAAAAAGGAACAAGCACAGUGCUCAGCCUGUGCCAGUCCAACGGUCACCCAACAUAUUGAGCCAUAUACAACAACCAGUCACAUCUCAUGAGAUGAUUGCAAGAACACCCUCAUUAACACUCUGCGGUCCUCGACCCCCUUUCUCAGAGACAUCCAACCCAAUCAUCCAGCCCCAGUAUGGGAAUCCUGCGGCUGAAGCCUACGCAAAACAGCCAGGUGGCUCUCACGGGAGAGCCUAUGUAAAGACGGAAGAUACACAUGACGCGAAAUCCUUUUUGAUGAAGUGGACAACUUUGGAUGAAAGUGAACUUGGUUCCUGUUGAAGAAUCUCAUGCAUUGGUUGUUUACGCCGAUAAACGAGCAUUGUGAACUAUUUUAGUCCCACUUUCGCGUUGCAGUCAUGUGCACUAUAUUCCACCGCCUGCUCAAUUCAAGUUAGUAUUUGCCGGUCAAAACAAACGACCUUUGAUAGGCGGUGAUGUCACCUCGAGCAUCACUGGGAAUCCAAAUGAGUGUCUACUGUAGGACGUUUCUCCAUGUUUCAUUACGAUGGAAGGAACGUAGGAUGGAUAAGUUAAUAAUGGUUUGAGUGCGCUUAGAAUUCCUCAGGUUUGUGGAAUAACAAAGAUCCUUACUAGUGAAACAUUAUCUACAUACUAUUAUGCACCAAUGCUUCCCCAUAAAUAUAUAUCUGCCACAGGUGCAGUUCACACUGGCCUGAGAAAACAAA